CUGGGACUCUAGGGGAGAAGGAAGAGGAGGAGGAGAAGGAGCAGAAGGAGGAGGGACCAAGGCUGGCUGCCUGGGCGGAGGGGGGCGGGAAGGAGCCCGGGACGCGGCCACCGGGGCCACUGCACGGAGUGGACCCACGUCAAAACUAGAGAGUUCAAAGAUGGCAACCCCAGAGGGGCAGGGCCAAAGGGCUGGGAGGCAUCCCGAGCCGGCCAGAGAAGCAGAGCCACAUCUGUCCACAGGCAAGGACCUGGAAGAAGCAAGCCGUUUUGCCUAUGCCGCUCUCUGCGGGAUGUCCCUGGCGUGGCUGUUUCCAGAACCAGAACAGAGCUCCUUUAGGAUGCAAUUUGUGGAAACCCUAGUGAAAUGGCUGGAGUUACCAGAAACAGUCCUCCCCUCCAUGGUGGCCUUUGCUGAUGGCCUGGGAGGAGAAGAGGAGGCCACAUUUGCAGAAAUUUUAUUGAAGGAUCCAGUCUUGAAGAAUGAUCCGCUGGUGAUUACGCAGGAUCUUCUGACCUUCUCCCUCAGGAAUGGCUCCUAUGAUGCUCGGGCCAGGGUACUUGUGUGCCAUGUCACGUGGCUGCUGAAGAUAGCCCCAGAGGAGCUGGAGAAUCUGGAAGAGUCGUUACUGGAAAGCCUGAAGGAAAAACAGGAAGAAGAGUCUGAAUCUGCUGAAGCUUUAAGAAAAAAGAGAGAAAAUCGGAAGAAAUGGAAGCGUUAUCUCCUAAUUGGCCUGGCCACUGUUGGAGGCGGGACAGCAAUAGGGGUGACAGGUGGUCUGGCCGCCCCCUUCAUGGCCGCCGGAGCAGCCGCCAUCAUUGGCACCACGGGCGCAGCUGCUUUGGGCUCAGUGGCAGGCAUUGCGGUCAUAACCUCCCUCUUUGGAGCUGCAGGAGCUGGUCUGACAGGCUACAAGAUGAAGAAGCGAGUGGGAGCCAUAGAAGAAUUUGAAUUCUUACCCUUAAGUGAUGGGAAACAGCUUCACAUAACUAUCGCCAUCACUGGCUGGCUCUGCUCCGGUAAAUACGGAAUGUUCACUACUCCCUGGGCCAGCAUGGCCCGGAGCAGUGAGCAGUACUGCCUGGCCUGGGAAUCUAAGUACCUGAUGGAGCUUGGCAGUGCCCUGGAGACCCUGCUCAAUGGCUUUGUGAACAUGAUGGCUCAAGAAGCCCUGAAAUAUACAGUCUUAUCCGGUAUCUUGACAGCAUUGACUUGGCCAACUUCCCUCCUCGCUGUGGCCAAUGUCAUCGACAACCCCUGGGGGGUGUGCCUUCGCCGGUCCGCAGAGGUUGGCAAACACCUGGCCCAUGUACUGCUCAGCCGGCAACAGGGUAGACGACCUGUCACUUUGAUUGGCUUCAGCCUGGGAGCGAGAGUCAUUUACUUCUGUUUGCAAGAGAUGGCUCAGGAGAAAGAUUGCCAAGGGAUCAUCGAGGACGUUAUCCUUCUCGGAGCACCCGUGGAAGGGGAAGCCAAGUACUGGAAGCCACUCAGGAAGGUGGUGUCCGGGAGGAUCAUCAAUGGCUACUCUAGGGGAGACUGGCUGCUGAGUUUUGUGUACCGGACAUCCUCUGUGCAGCUCAAAGUGGCCGGGCUCCAGCCUAUCACCCUGGAUGACAAGAAGAUGGUCAAUAUGGACUUGUCCUCAGUGGUCAGUGGCCACCUGGACUACAUGAAGAAAAUGGAAACCAUCCUGAAGGCUGUGGGGAUUCGCACCAGAGAAGACAGUACUGGAGACAAGAUUUUCUCCAUCGCUCCCAACCUCCAGGGCAGAGGGGAACUACAGCCAGAAGCCCCAGAGCCUCCAAAAGAGAAUGCAGCCACUGACCCCAGGGAGACCAUCCACCCCAGCUGCCAGGCCCAGGACCCCACCUCCAGCCAUGAGCAGGCCCAGGACAGUAAAGUCACAAACCAUCCCAGGGUCUCCCCUGGGCCUGAAUCCUGCCAGCCCCACAGUCUGGAUGAGGCCUGCCAUGUAGACUGCAGCCACAUCCUAGGCCCAAACCCACUGGGCUGCCCAGACUGUGCCAACAAUAAUAAGGUAGGCAGCCCUGAGUUCAACUGACCUGGGGAAAAUGGAAGAUACCACCGUUCCAGGACUCUCCCUGCAACUCUCCUAUCAUCCUUUGCUCUGCCAUCUACCUCCUGGCAGAGCCAGGGUAAGGGGUGGUGUUUGCUCUAAGGUGUUGGGUAUCAUGGAGCCAGAGAGAGUUUUGAAGAUCUUUGACUCUGGGAAAGCAAAAGUAAGUUCUCAAGUAACUGGAAGAUGAGGGAUUCAAAGAAAUGAGAGCUUGUCCUAGGCUUGUGUUCAGAGAGCUUUUUAUAGGUCAACUAAUCAGAAAUUUUCAAGACUUAAGCCAAUCAGACAUUUCUCAUACUUCUUGCCAAUAUCAGAUGGACAGUCUAGCCAAGAAAGAUGAAGAUGAUCCUGGGGUCAGGGUGGGCAUGAGGAGAGGCUAGUAUUGUACCUCUGUUGAGCCAUGUCUGUUUCUCUUGUUUCAUCUCCACUGUCUCUGGCUGGUACUUGUAUAUGGCAGCACUUAGGGACCUGAGAGAUGACCCCUUGGGCCAGGGAACAUCUAGACGGGGAAAAGGCAAUCAUAGACAUGCCCAUCCUGUUGUUGGGGAAAACUGAUUGCCACAGAGAUUACAAGACUACCAACACUGCCUGUA